ACAGAUGGCACGCCGAUCGCUCUCGCCGGCGCCACGCGCUUGACGCGCUGUUCAUUCCUCCGUUGUUGUUGUUGUUGUGUUGCCGUUUUCGCCGUCUGUCAACUGACGGCCGUUCGAAUUACCGGCGAUUUCGGAUAUAUUUCGCGGAUAUUCCGAUCGGGAUAGAGAUCAAUUUGGCGCGCAGUCAUGUCGAAGAUAACGGGUUACGACACGCACGACGACGGUCCGGGAUUCGUGGGCAUCAGAUUCUGCCAGGAGUGCAAUAACAUGUUGUACCCGAAGGAGGAUAAGGAGAACAAGGUGCUCAUGUACGCGUGCAGAAAUUGCGAUUUUAAGCAACUGGCGGACAGCAAUUGCAUCUACGUGAACAAGAUCAUGCACGAGAUAGACGAACUAACGCACAUCGUCGCCGACGUGAUAUCGGAUCCUACGCUACCGAGAACCGAGGAACAUCCAUGCCCAAAGUGCAAUCACAGAGAAGCCGUAUUUUUCCAGGCGCAAACCAGACGGGCUGAGGAGGAAAUGAGACUGUAUUAUGUGUGUACGAAUCAGCACUGCUCCCACAGAUGGACGGAGUGAGGAUCGUACGAGCGUGCGAACGUCCGGUGUACCUUUGUCCCUCUAUUUGCUAUGUGUAAACUCAAUUCUUGCGCACGGCCGGUUGUUUCCUACCUAUGGAUAAACUUUAGUGAUGAUUCAUUUAAUGGAUAAAUUCCCACCGUUUAUCCGAAGGGUGAAAACCACCGAGAUCCGUAAUCUUAUAAACUGUACAAAGUGUUGCAACGUGUGUGUGUAUGCGCUCGGAGGAGAUGCAUUGUAAUGCGUGUAACAUGAAUAAAAAUUGUAAUAAAAGUAGUAAUGGAGAAGAGAGAA